CUUGUGGUCAUCAGUGACCCCCACAUCAAGAUUGACCCUGACUACUCGGUGUACGCUAAGGCCAAAGAACAGGGCUUCUUUGUGAGGAGUCCUGAAGGGAGAAACUUUGAAGGGAUUUGCUGGCCUGGUCUCUCCUCUUACUUGGAUUUCACCAAUCCCAAGGUCAGAGAGUGGUAUUCGGGUCUUUUUGCUUUCUCUGUUUAUCAGGGAUCUACAGACAUCCUCUUCGUAUGGAAUGACAUGAAUGAACCCUCUGUCUUUAGAGGGCCAGAGCUAACUAUACAGAAGAAUGCCAUUCAUCACGGCAAUUGGGAACACAGAGACCUUCACAACAUCUAUGGGUUUUAUCAGCAAAUGGCUACUGCAGAAGGACUGAUACAGCGAUCUAAAGGGAAAGAGAGACCCUUUGUUCUUACACGUUCUUUCUUUGCUGGAUCACAAAAGUAUGGUGCUGUGUGGACAGGUGACAACACAGCAGACUGGAGUUACCUGAAGAUUUCUAUCCCAAUGUUACUCACUCUCAGCAUCACUGGCAUCUCUUUCUGUGGAGCUGAUGUAGGUGGGUUCAUUGGGAAUCCAGAGGCAGAGCUGCUAGUGCGUUGGUACCAGGCUGGAGCCUACCAGCCCUUCUUCCGUGGCCAUGCCACCAUGAACACCAAGCGGCGGGAGCCCUGGCUAUUUGGGGAGGAGCACACCCGGCUCAUCCGAGAAGCCAUCAGAGAGCGCUAUGCCCUCCUGCCCUAUUGGUAUUCUCUAUUCUACCAUGCACAUAUGGCUUCUAAGCCUGUCAUGAGACCUCUGUGGGUAGAAUUUCCUGAUGAAUUAGAGACUUUUGGUAUAGAAGAUGAAUACAUGCUGGGAAGUGCUUUAUUGGUUCAUCCAGUUACAGAACCAAAAGCCACCAUGGUUGAUGUGUUUCUACCAGGAUCAAAUGAGGUAUGGUAUGACUCUAAGACAUUUGCUCAUUGGGAAGGAGGAUGUGCUGUGAAGAUCCCAGUAGCAUUGGACACUAUACCAGUGUUUCAACGAGGUGGAAGUGUGGUACCAACAAAGACAACUACAGGAAAAUCCACAGGCUGGAUGACUAAUGCCCCAUAUGGACUCCGGGUUGCUCUGAGCAGUAAGGGUUCUGCAGUGGGUGAGUUAUAUCUUGAUGAUGGUCAUUCAUUCCAGUACCUCCACCAGAAGCAAUUCUUGCACAGGAAGUUUUCAUUCUGUUCUGGUGCUUUGAUCAACAGUUGUGCUGAUGAGAGGGGUCAAUAUCCCAGCAGGUGUGUGGUGGAGCGGAUCUUGGUCUUGGGGCUCAGGAAGAAACCAUCUUCUGUGACCACCCACUCAUCUGAUGGUAAAGAUCAGCCUGUGACUUUUACAUAUUGUACCAAAACAUCCACGCUGAGCCUGGAGAAACUCUCGUUGAACAUUGGUGCUGACUGGAAAGUCCACAUCAAUUGACAAAAGAGUACCCCUGGUGACACACACAGGGAGCUGCCUACACCUUUCCACCCUUCCCUUGGCCUUUUUUUUUGAGAUUUGUGCUGCAGUUUAAUUGACUUCUCUGGCUCAAAAUAAUCUUUCAUUAAUUAGCAGUAUAUAAUGAACAAUAGAUUUCAUAUUUUACAUUUUAAGAUGUACUAAUGAUACUCUUCAUGUCUUGGACCCAAGUAGCCCUGAGAUAUUUAUAGAGUUCAUGAGUCUUCCAUUGCCUCUUGGGCCAUGGCCCAGUGGUAAACAGUAUGGCCCAGUGAGCAGCCUCUCCUUGAGCAGGGCUGGAUGGGUUUGUUUUAAUGUGGGCCAUGCCUACUUAUGUGGCCCAUUU